AUGAAGUUGGUUCUUGUCGGGAUCGGCGGCCCCUCUUCCUCGGGCAAAACCACCGUCGCCAAGGCGCUUCAUUCGCUCUAUCCUGCUUCCACCUUGGUGCACUUGGACGACUUUUAUUUCCCCGACGACCAGAUCCCCAAAGACGCAGACAAAGGCGUGGAAAACUGGGACUGUGCCGACGCCAUCGACUGGACAAAGUUCGAGCAGUACAUUGAAGCCGUUCGGAAGUCCAACGGCGCCACUUUGCCCAUCGAGUCGUUGGAGUUGGAUCCGCAGUUGAAGUUGUCCGAGCAGGAAAAGCAACAGCUUUCUUCUUUGGCCAAGGACAACUUGGCGUCGCCCGACUACCACUUUGUGUUUGUGGACGGGUUUAUGUUGUUCCACAGCGAAGCCAUUGCCCGCUUGUUUGACGUGAAGCUUUUUUUCCGGGCGCCGUACGCCGUUCUAAAGGCCAGAAGAGAGGCUCGACUGGGCUACAACACAGUAGAAGGUUUUCUGGGUGGAUCCGCCCAACUACUUUGA